GCGGGAGCAAGGCUCUAUAUUCUCGCGAGAUGUGAUCCGCAGCGCCCCCUCCUCUCUUCAUGUAUGCGGAGAGAAAAAAAAGGAGGGGAGAUAUCGCUACAGCGAGAGCGACUGUUGAAUUAUAAAUAAUUAUUAUUAUAAAACCAGGAACACCAGCGGACGGAAACACAAGCUAACUGAAAUGAAGUAAAUAAACAACGGCUGUAUUGCUGACUGUACGGACGAAAUUAGCUAGGACGAAGCACAGAUAAAUCCGAAGAAAGGAAAAAAGCGGCCUAUUUUUGUUCUGGGAUCUAGACAAGCCACCACUGCAGCUAAGGGCCGUUGGAAACAACAAUAAAAUAAAUGUCAUGCUGCCAGGGUUGUUGUUUUUCUUCUUCAAACACCAGGAAGAGGAGCUCUGAAUCAUUCGCUCAAUUGCUUGCCGGAGUUAAGUCGUACUGGCGAACGGGAAGCGGCCUGUUUUGUUUUUGCAACUACACCGCCAUGAGAAACAGCGGCAGACAAUAAACAAACGCGUGCUUAUUAAUUCCCUUUUAAUUCUCUGAAUGCAUUGGACCGGAGCGGGGCCAGGGGGCAGAAAAACGCAAGUUUUUUCCCCAGAAACAACCCCUGGUAUCAAAGAGGAUCAAGAAAGUGAAAAAGAGUCGGAUCUGUGGGAGCUCGGGUGGGAUGUUGGUAUAGCCAUAUACUACAACUAGUAAUGGGAAGCCAGCUUUGAGACCUGCAACAGAGCGCCGCCAACGUUUUGUUGUUGAAUAAUAAUAAUACUGUAAUGGAAGAUAAGUGAAUCGCUUGGAGUAAAUAAAGCAUUUGGGGAUUUUUUUUUUUUGUUAUAGUGAAUUUUAAACAAGAUAAAAUCGCAUUGGUUUGUUAAAUCGAUUGGUGGAAAGAAUCGUUUUAAUUGAUGAUGUUUAUUUGGGCGUAUUUCGUGCCGUGGAAGAGAGGAAAGCGCUAAGCAGGAAAGGUGCUGCGCUUGUUCUUUUACUAUUAACUUCUGAAUGCAGACUUUGUUGUGAGUGCAUUGCCAGCCAGUAUAUAAAUAAACCCACACUCUCCCGUCAAGAGACUGUACAACCGAUUUUCCAGAUUUGUGCAUCACUUUUACUAGAACAUGUAUUCAUGUUCAACGUAAGACGUGCAUGCUCACUCUGCUUGGAAACUAGGGUUGGACUGCCGUACCCAGCCCAGUCUACCACAUUUUAAUUGCUGUCCCAAAACAUAAUCUAGUGGAAACGGUCGGAUCUGUUGUGUGUUGUGUGUUUUUUUUGUUUUGUUUUUUCCCCUACAACUGGAUACAUCCGGCCUGAAGUUGCUGAGAUGAACCCGGUGAAUGCCACCGCUCUUUAUGUGUCAGCUUGUCGUUCGGUGCUGCAGUGCGAUCCGAGGGACCCACAGUCCUUCACGGAGCUUUACAAGCUCUUACCAUUCUUCAGGCAGUCUCUUUCAUGCCUUGUUUGUGGGAACUUGCUACAAGAUCCAAUAGCUCCAACCAACUCCACUUGUCAGCACUAUGUGUGCAAAACCUGUAAGGGUAAGAAAAUGAUGAUGAAACCCUCUUGCAGCUGGUGUAAGGACUAUGAACAGUUUGAAGACAACAAGCAACUUUGUAUUUUAGUGGACUGCUACCGGAAGCUCUGUGAGUAUAUUGCUGAGUCACCAUUAGCCCAGCAAAUAGCCAGUGCUGUUGGAGGCUCCCCAGAUAUUUUGGCUAUGUUGAAAGAGGGGCUGUUGUCAAAUGAAGAUGAGCAGGGAGAUUCUCAAGUGGCUGUUUCUCAAAGUUUAUCACAUUCCCCGGUACCUUCGACCUCUGAGAACCACAGCAGCUCGCAGUUAGAGACGUCAUCAGAGCUCCAUGAACAAGCAGCAGACACGGACAUGUGCCGGUCUCGCAUAAAUGGAUUGCAUGACUGUAAUGGGCUCUCAAUGGAUGAGCUGGCAGCCAGCCUCCCUUCACCAGAAAAUGCUGCCAAUUCCAUUGAUGUAUGUAGCACUGGGAACAACCUCAAAAGCGAGGGCUUUCCUGACGAGCUGCCGACAGUCUGCACUGAAGGUAUUGACAUCUGCGGCUUCAGCGAGGACAUGAAACACAGCAACGACCCUCUUUUGCUGAGCGUUGAGGAGGUGCUCAGGAGCUUGGAGCCGGACCCUGUUACUGAGGACUGCAGUGAGGCCUUGCAGUCUAGCUUGGAGACAACAGGCUCACUGAAUGGACCUUUCUCUGAUCCCAAGUUGCCCUCCCUCCCUCUGGACACUGAGGUCUUUGUUUCUUGUCACCCAUGGCCCUCCUCUGGGAUCUCCUGUUCGGCGGCCACCCCAAAAGCAGCAAGGAUGAAUCGCAAGCGAUCACGAUCAGAGAGCGAUAGCGAGAAGAUCCAGCCCCUGCCCAUCUCCAGCAUUAUCCAGGCUCCCCCCUUGGCGGCUGCGGCUCCUGCGCCGGUUAAGCGGGAGCCCAAGGUCCCGGCCACUGUGCCAAACGGGGGCACUGUCAAGGUGAGUAAAACACUGCUGGUGUCCAACAAAAGCAUCAAGAAGAAUCCUGACCACGGGGCCAAGAAAGCCUACUCAAAGGCCAAACAAGGGGUCUCUAAGACCAAGGACAAAACGAAAGAACGUCUUCUCGGCAAUAACUUGAUGCCGGGCAGCCCCACCAAAGUUGUGUACAAAAAGCCACAGGAAAAGAAAGGCUGUAAAUGUGGCCGGGCCACCCAAAAUCCAAGUGUUCUUACGUGUCGUGGCCAACGGUGCCCAUGUUACUCUAACCGCAAAGCCUGCUUGGACUGCAUCUGCCGGGGCUGCCAGAACUCAUACAUGGCCAAUGGCGAGAAAAAGCUGGAGGCCUUUGCUGUGCCAGAAAAGGCUUUGGAGCAGACCAGGCUCACGUUGGGCAUCAACGUUACAAGCAUUGCCGUACGGAAUGCAAGCACAAGCGCAAACGUCAUCAAUGUCACAGCAGGUUCUCCUGUUGCCACGUUCCUAGCUGCCAGCCCUCACGAGGACAAAAACUUUGAUGAGACUCUAGAUAUGAGGUUUGACUGCUGAGCUCUGUUGAUAUUCUCCUUCAUUCACCAGUUUUUAUGGGAAGGGAGGAGUGGAAGACGAGUCACUACAAUAUUAAGGCAGCUAUGGUUCUGUUCCAGUUUAGUUUUAAAAAUUGCCAAAGUUCCUGCCUAUAAAUCCCUUGUAUGAUGUGUUCUGUUUUUCCAUACGCUGCAGUUUGGAAUUAGGAGAGUAGUCUUACUGUAAGUUUAAUGCUACUACAAGUGACUUAUACUUCAUGAUCUUUGGCAAGAGAAACUUGACCUCAUUGUUGCUGGUCAUGCUCUGUGCAUAAUCAAAAAAGGUUCAGGUAAAAACAAAUGUAAAAUAAAUGGUACCUGCAAUGUCAGUGGCGAUAGGUUGUAUUCGUAACCUUUUUAUAUACAACAUACCAGUAAUUCCAUAACAAAAUAAAUUGAUAGUUUUUUCUUUAGUAUUUGCAGUAUACCAUCUUACUCAGAACAGUCUAUUUGACAACAACGGGAUACCAUUUCAACAGAUGCAAGGUGGUGAAAUGCAGUAUGUACAGUUUCUGUCUAAAUUAUGUUCAUGUCCUGUUUGUUUGUACUAGUUUCUGCUAUCUCAAACAAGUGUGGCUUUUUUGUUGCCUUAAAAAAAAAAAAAAAGUAAUAUUCACAUCUCCAUAAAAUGGGGGAAAAAAAACUGUCAAUGCUGAUUAUUUUUCUCCCCUUCCUAACUGAAAUAAAAUCUAUUCACUGUAAUGUGGUAGAACACGUAGCCUGGUAAUCCCCUUAAGGCAACAUCCAGUCACUUCCCUUUUUGGUUGAGUUAUGAAUUGGGAAAUGAGCAGUGUCUUCAGUGCUAUAUUGUUCAGACACAGAUGUAGUCCUUAACCCUUAUGUAGAUAAGUGUGUCUGUCUAAUCUGCACUUCGUGCCAGCAAGGACCCUGUUUUUAAGCACUUAAUUUGAUUAAAAGGCCAAAUAGCCACAUUACCUGCUUGGUAGAUCAUAGCAAUAUUUGUUCAAUAUCUUAAAUAUUACCCUCAAAACACAUCUCAUCUUUAUGCUUAAUCGCAUACAGCAUUAACAAAAAGACCACCUUCUAUUACAUCUGUGUUUUGGGGUUUGUGUUGCAUUGCAUGGAGAAUAUUGAUUAACAUGCAAAGGUUCCAAGAUAACUUUUCCAGGAAAGGGUUACAGUUGGGUUUGGGUGGGAGUGGUUAACAAUUGUCCCUGUCCAAAACACACCAAUUAAUUUCUGCAUGCAGAUUUAAUGAAAUGUUAGUAAACUGUUCCACUCUCGACAUACCCACGAAUUGAAGGCACUGAGAUAGUCUGCAGGCAACUUUUGAAUUGCUGUACAAAAUCAAAUAUAAAAAAAAGCAUAGGUGGUCUUUUUAUUAUCAAGACAAAUUGCACAUUUUUUUGUUAAUUUAAAAUGUGCCACUUUUAGUGGCAACUGUAUCCCUGAAUUUUCCAUUCCCCAUGUAAUGUAUCCUUCCAUGAAGGAUUUCAUUUAUUUUAUGUGAACUGCAGCUUAACAUUUUUCAAUACCUUUUUGAUUUCGCACACAGCAUGCACAGUGACAGUUAUUCACCUAGUGUACAGAUAAAAGAAUGUGCAGGUAUUCUCUGACAGAUCCAAUGGCACCCUCUGUUUUAUAGUUUUACCUGAUGUCAUUUCCUGUGAAUGUGGUCAGGUAGUGUUUUUGAAGCCAUAGGAGAAAACAAAAUGUGAUUCAUGUCCAGUCUGUACUUUUUAUGUUGUUGUUGUUGUUUUGAUUUGCAAGAAGAAUUGAAAAAAUAUUUUUGAUAAUGAGAGUAAAUGGUGGAAUGCCAUGUAGUUUUCUUGUCUUUAUUUGCACCUGACUAUAUAUUUUUUCAAUACCUCGAUUAUUUUUUUUUUUUUCUUCUAAGGUUUGUUUUGCAUUUGUAAUGUGAUUCUGUAUGUUGACCAAAAAAGAAAAAUCAAAUCAAUCACUAUGAAUGAAUUGGUGAUUGAACAUUACUCUCUCCUGAGUCUCUGUUUACUGCUCCACUGUGGUAUUAGAAAACUGGUGUAACCACAAUGGAAAGUUAGCAUUUCUUCAAAGUUACAAAGUUUUACGAAAAUGGUUAAUAGCGAUAUUGUUAGGGCUCUAAACUAACCAGGUAUAGUAUUACACUGUGUUAGAGCAAGUAAUGUAAAGGUGGCCAGUGAAAAUAUAAAAUGUACUUUUUCAUUUAAUCAAGGUUUUGGUUUUAGAUUAGAGCCCUGGUUACAAUUUUGUUGUUGCUGAAAACAACUUUCCCUGUUAUUAUUGGUAUAUUCACUGCCACGUUUUUAAACCUGUAUUGAAAUGAUCAAUAAAUAUGUUAGUUUUUUA